UUCAUAACAAAACCAGUGCCUCCUCCAUCCAAGACGAUUCCGGCCGCCGCUUUCUUCAAUCCUUCAUAAUCAGUGGAGAAAUCAUUAGCAUAAACUGAAGAAAUCUACUCGGUAGUAUGGCUUCAGUUGCUCUGAAGAAGAAUUUCCGUUGUUUUCAGUCUCUGAACCAAUUCUAUAGUGGCGGACCAUUCAUAGUAUCUUCUGAUGGUUCCUUCAUAGUAUGUGCUUGUGACGACAAGAUUAAGAUUGUUGAUUCAUCAAACUCUUCAAUCAAAUCCAUUAUUGAAGGCGAUUCAGAGGCUGUUACAGCUCUUGCUCUUAGCCCUAAUGAUACUCUUCUUUUCUCAGCUAGUCAUAGUCGUCAAAUUAGAGUUUGGGAUCUCUCUACUUUAAAGUGUUUGCGUUCAUGGAAGGGACAUGACGGUCCUGUUAUGGCAAUGACUUGUGAUGCAUCUGGUGGUCUUCUUGCAACUGGUGGUGCUGAUAGAAAAGUACUUGUGUGGGAUGUAGAUGGUGGAUUUUGCACACAUUUUUUUAAAGGUCAUAAAGGGGUUGUAUCUAGUGUUAUGUUUCAUCCAGAUCAUAAUAAACUGAUGCUUUUCUCAGGAAGUGAUGAUUCAACUAUUAGAGUCUGGGAUCUUACAAAGAAGAAAUGUAUAUCGACAUUAGAAAAACAUUUCUCUACCGUGACUUCCUUGCAAAUAUCUGAAGAUGGUUGGACUCUGCUAAGCUCUGGAAGAGAUAAGGUAGUAAAUGUGUGGGAUCUUCAUGACUAUAGUUGCAAGAUCACUGUUCCAACUUAUGAAGCUCUUGAGGCAGUGUGCCUGGUUUCUUCUUCAUCUCCUUUUGUUUCAUGGAUCCAUUCAAAGAAAUCCAAGACUGUGAAAAAGAAAACGAACACGUCAGAUGUUUACUUCUUCACUGUUGGUGAGCGUGGAAUUGUGCGAUUAUGGAAUUCCGAAGGUUCAGUAUGCCUCUUUGAACAAAAAACUUCUGAUAUUACGGCCAUUAGCCAGGAUGAUGAGGAUGCGAAAAGAGGUUUCACCGCCGCUGUCUUGUUGCCUCAGGGUCAAGGAUUACUAUGUGUCACAGCUGACCAACAAUUCCUCUUUUAUUCUCUAACGGAAAAUGACAAUGCCUUUUCUGAUUUAACCUUAACGAAAAGACUCAUAGGAUUUAAUGAAGAAAUUGUGGAUAUGAAAUUCUUGGGAGAGAGUGAAAAGUUUAUUGCUGUUGCUACAAGUGUAGAACAAGUUCGUGUGUAUGAGCUUGCAUCAAUGUCGUGUUCCUAUGUGCUAUCAGGCCAUAAAGACAUUGUUCUAUGUCUUGAUACUUGUGUGACAAGUUCGGGUGAAACACUUAUCGUAACAGGAAGCAAGGACAAUACUGUUAGGUUAUGGGAAGCGAACACUGGAAAUUGCAUUGGAGUUGGUGCAGGUCACAUGGGUGCAGUUGGAGCUGUGGCCUUCUCAAAGAAACAUAGAAACUUCUUUAUUAGUGGCAGCAGUGACCGUACCUUGAAAGUAUGGAAUUUGGAUGGCACCUCAGAUGAUGAUGUCAAUAAUUUAAAAGCAAAAGCAGUUGUUGCUGCACAUGAUAAAGAUAUAAACUCUGUCGCUGUUGCCCCAAAUGAUAGUCUUGCUUGCAGUGGUUCUCAGGACCGAACUGCCUGUGUGUGGAGGCUUCCAGAUCUGGUACUUGCGGUUACUCUAAAAGGACACAAGAGAGGGAUUUGGUCUGUAGAGUUUUCUCCAGUUGAUCAAUGUGUUAUUACUGCAUCAGGAGAUAAAACGAUAAAGAUCUGGGCUAUAUCUGAUGGUUCAUGUCUAAAAACUUUUGAAGGGCAUACCUCAAGUGUUUACAGGGCAUCCUUUAUCACUCGAGGGACUCAAUUUGUAUCUUGUGGCGCUGAUGGUUUAUUAAAGCUUUGGACAGUAAAAACUAAUGAGUGCAUUGCAACUUUUGAUCAGCAUGAGGACAAGGUAUGGGCAUUAGCAGUUGGCAAGGAAACAGAGAUGAUAGCAACUGGUGGCAGUGAUGCAGUUGUUAAUUUGUGGAAUGAUUCGACUGCUUUUGAUAAAGAGGAAGCUUUCCGUGAAGAAGAGGAAGAGAUUUUGAAAGGGCAAGAAUUAGAAAAUGCUGUAACAGAUGCCAACUUCACCAAAGCUAUUCAAAUAGCAUUUGAACUGCGCAGACCUCGCCGACUCUUUGAAUUAUUUUCCGAACUCUGCAGGAAGAGGGAGGUUGAUGGCCGAUUAGAUAAAGCCCUUCGUUCCCUUGACAAGGAAAAUUUCCAUCUACUAUUUGAAUAUGCUAGAGAAUGGAAUACAAAGCCAAGGUUUUGUCAUAUAGCACACUUUGUGCUUUACAAGGCUUUCAGUAUUUUGCCCCCUACCGAAAUUAUUGAGAUAAAAGGAAUUGGCGAAAUUUUGGAAGGUCUAAUACCUUAUUCUCAGAGGCAUUUCAGUAGAAUAGACAGGCUCCAGCGAAGUACAUUUCUUUUGGACUACACCCUCAUGGGGAUGUCAGUUAUUGAGCCCGACUCAACAGCGAUACAAUCAGAUGAAGAAAAAGAAGAAGCCUCCGAGGAGCCAAAAGUAGACCGAAUUUCCUCAAAGAAACGCAAGUCAAAGAAGACUGGAAGAGAUGUUCCGGCAUACAAGAAAAUUAGAAAGGAAUCAAAAUCUAAGGUGGUUGGUGUUACUGAAGUAUCAGCAUAACAUCUGAUGACUACAACUCCUAAAAGGAAAUUUUGUUCUAUCUAUUAAUCUUUUUAUUAUUAUUAAUCUUUGUAUCUCUAUUAAGAUAUCUUUAAAUUUGUAGUUGUAACACAUUUCUUUUUUAUUUUUUGGUUUGGUAAAAACAAGAUUA